GUUGCCCUUCCCGCCCGGGGACCGAGUGACCUUCAACGGGAAGGAAUGCAUGUGCCAGAAGUGUUCCCUGCCCAAGUCCGCGGGUGGCAGCACGCACCUGUCCCAGGGCCUCUGGAGUUGUGGGGGCUGCGGCACAGAAAUCCAAAGCGGCCAGUCCCUGGUGGCUCUGGACAAGCACUGGCACCUGGGCUGCUUUAGGUGCAAGGCCUGCGGGAAGGAGCUGAGCGCCGAGUACAUCAGCAAGGACGGGCUGCCCUACUGCGAGGCCGACUACCACGCCAAGUUCGGCAUCCGCUGCGACGGCUGCGAGAAGUUCAUCACGGGGCACGUGCUGGAGCCGGAGCUGGGCUGGCUGCGUCGUGGGCUCUGCGAGCUCGGAGCUCCCUCCUGGAGGAGAGGCGGCAGCGCGGGCGGCAGAGAGAACCUGGGCGGAGACGAGCCGAGCCGCUCAGCAGCGGCAGCGGAGAGCAGCCGCCACGGUGGCUCCACUUGAGCCCGCCGAGCGUGC